GGUGCUGACGGCGCGGCCCUGAGCGGGAGCGGCGGCCGGAGCGGCGGCGGCGUCAGCGGCGGGCUCGGUGUCACGGCGGCUCUGCCCCUUCCCCGCCGCGCCAUGCCCACCGUGGAGGAGCUCUACCGCAACUACGGCAUCCUGGCCGACGCCACCGAGACGGCGGGCCAGCAUAAGGAUGCAUACCAAGUGAUCUUGGAUGGUGUGAAAGGAGGUGCCAAGGAGAAGAGACUUGCAGCUCUUAUUCCUAAAUUCUUCAAGCAUUUUCCUGAGCUGGCUGACUCAGCUAUCAAUGCCCAGUUGGACCUCUGCGAGGAUGAAGAUGUUUCUAUUCGGCGACAAGCAAUCAAGGAACUGCCUCAGUUUGCCACUGGAGAUAAUCUUCCUCGGGUAGCAGACAUACUGACCCAGCUUCUACAAUCAGAUGAUUCUGCAGAAUUCAAUUUGGUGAAAGCUUUGCUCAGUAUAUUUAAGAUGGAUGCUAAAGGAACUUUGGGAGGCUUAUUCAGUCAAAUUCUUCAGGGAGAGGAUAUUGUGAGAGAGAGAGCCAAGUUCCUUUCUACAAAACUGAAAACAUUGCCUGAGGAGGUGAUGACAAAGGAGGUGGAAGAGUUUCAUAUUACUGAAUCAAAGAAGGUUCUGGAAGAUGUGACAGGCGAGGACAUUAAUCUGUUCAUGAAAAUAUUGUCUGGAUUAAAAAGCUUACAGACAGUAAGUGGGAGGCAACAGCUAGUGGAGAUGGUAGACGAACAAGCUGACCUGGAACAAACAUUCAAUUCCAUCUGAUCCAGCUGUGUGGACAGACUUAGCAGUGUACUCGGGCAGGCAGUGCCACUCUUCUCAAAAAAUGUUCAUUCCACAAAAUUUGUUACUUACUCUGUGAGCUGUUCUGCCAACCUCAGUUCUUUGACUACUUCCGUGGAGGGUCUUGAUAUCCAAUUAGAGGUUUUUAAGCUUCUUGCUGAAAUGAGUUCUUUUUGUGGUGAUAUGGAAAAGCUUGAAUCAAAUUUGAAGAAGCUGUUUGACAAACUACUGGAGUAUAUGCCCCUUCCUCCAGAGGAAGCAGAGAACGGGGAAAAUGCUGGCAAUGAAGAGCCCAAGUUGCAAUUCAGUCAUGUGGAGUGUUUAUUGUACAGUUUCCAUCAGCUAGGUCGUAAACUUCCAGACUUCCUCACAGCCAAGCUGAAUGCAGAAAAAUUGAAAGACUUUAAAAUCAGGCUACAAUAUUUUGCUCGAGGGUUGCAGGUUUAUAUCGCGCAGCUUCGUCUGGCACUUCAAGGAAAAACAGGAGAAGCCUUGAAAACAGAGGAGAACACGAUUAAAGUGGUGCCUUGAAAAUAACAAUAAAUUAAUGUUUUAAUCAAGGAUCUCUUCCACAUUCCUCCUUCUUACAAAAGUACAAUUACACUGUCCUGGAAACCAGUACAGAAGGCAGAUGCAAGUCAAAAAAGAGCAAGUGAAGAUACAACCUCAAGUUCACCCCCAAAGAAAGCUUCAGCAGGACCAAAAAGGGAUGCCAGGCAAAUAUAUAAUCCUCCUAGUGGAAAAUACAGCAGUAAUCUGGGUAGUUUUUCUUACGAGCAAAGAGGUGGUUUCCGGGGUGGACGAGGAAGAGGCUGGGGAGGACGUGGCAAUCGUAGCCGAGGAAGAAUCUACUGAGAAGACUGCUAAAUCUUCCAUGCCCCUGAAGGGCUGAAGUGAGAGUGCUACUCAGCAAAUGUUUGCUUGGAGCAUUGUUUUCUUCAAGGACUGCCUUCCACUAAGACUGAAUUAAAUGUUCUUUAUACCUUUGUAUGUAUGAUCUACUUUUCUAACGGACUACAACUUGUCCAUAGUGAAACUACAGCUGUAUUUUUGGAUGCUUACAGUCAGCAGUUUUGGGUUCUUAAUUUUGAAGUGUCUUCAGGAUUCAAAAUUGGAAAAGAGCGUAGAUGUUUCAUCAAAAGCUGCAUCUUGACAGUUUGUAUAUUAACCUAAAAGUCAGCUACUGCGUAACUGAAACUAUAUAAUUGAGUUUAUGUAUUAAGUAAUGGACAGGAAAGGCAUGACAACAGAGAUACGUGUCAGAUUAGCUUAGCAGCUGAAGUAAUCCUUUCCUCAUUUGUAACCGUAUUUUGCAAUAUGUGGAGAAGAGUACCAUUGUUUAAUUUGCUUUGAUUUGCAUUUUUAAUUAAAUUGAAUGAGAUACAUGCUGGUUUUUUAAAGUUUGCAAUGUGGCUAGAAAUCUGUUUUGCUUGUAGCAUGAUGCAGUCCUCUUACUUAGAGAUGUGGAGAAAGUGGCGUUUUUUGGUUUGCACAUCUUACUCUUCUCCGUGCAUUGUAAUACAAAGUGAUGUUUUGCAAAUUAAUUUUUAAUGUUUAAUAUGAAUAUGUGCUUAUAGUUAUGCUGUGAAAGCUCAGUAAAUGAACAGCAAAAAAACAAAACAAUAAACGACUAGAAUUAUUCCAGGAAUGGGUAAAGACUGAUGCAGUGAUUAAGCUUCAUAGGCUGGAGCUGGACCAUAGCAGUACCUGGCUCUUUUCUGUGUUUUGCAGAUUUCUGGAUUAGUUGGCACUGGAGGGUGGGGGUUGGUUGAUUGGGUUUUUUUCUUGUUUGGUGAUUUUAUUUUUUUUUUAUGUGUGUGUGUUAAUUUUUUGUUUGGGGGUUUUUUGUUUGGUUGUUUUUUUAACCCAUAGUUGCAUUUAAAAAUAUAUAAAUAAAAUUGUAUUUUGGGUAACACUGAAAAAUUCCAGCUAUGUAGUUCAAUUCAGGUGGAAGUGUUAAAAAUUCCAUGCUAUUUUUUUCCAUAGGAACUUGGGAUUCUUAUUUACUGGUGUACACCCAGAAAAUACAAAGUAAAAGCACAAAGCUUUUUUUUUUAAUUUUCACCACUCAAAGUUUUUAAUUCUCAGGUCAUUCAACAUUGUAAAGAAAUUAGCAUAUAGUAAAAAGAAGUUGAGACGGAGGAAAAGAAUUUUAAUUAAGUGUUCCAGAGCAUGUUGGUGUAAAAUACCUUAGGCUUUAGAAGAAUAAAUAAUACUUCUUAUCCUGCCUUUUUUUUGUUGUUGUUCAGCCACUUGAUAUCUACAGAAGGUGAUGUCUCCCCACUCUGGUUCUAUUUGUAUUUGCUUGUGAAUCUGACUCGGGUAUUUUCAUUAACACUGAUAUUUAUCACUACAGUCAGAUGGCCAAAAUAGCAAAACGAUGUCAAAGUGAGAGACAUUCUUAAUGCUAAAUUAGAAGUCUGGUUUUGCUUAACUCUGGAACACUAGGCAGCAAACUUUGGACAUUCCAGGACAUGUGAGCUGACUGUAUUUCUGAUUACCUGCCAGCUGCUCAACUUUGAUUUGUCACAAAAACCAUAAACUUGGCAAAAAGCUUUCAAGGACAAAUUUGUGAGACCAAAAUGUCACUCUGAAAAUAGGCACUAGAUGUGUAAUAAGCUUCCAUUGGAGGAAAAAAGGAGAGAAAAAAAAAGACAUUUUGCACUUGUGGCUAUAAUUGGUGUUUUGAGGGGAUUUAAAAAUGUAAUCUCAAAGCCUAAACAUAGCUUGUAUUUAGACUAGUAGCUAGGUGCUAGCAGCUUAUUUUCUCACUGAAUUUUGAGUGAGUUUUCUUUACAUGAGUCCUGUAUUUCAGAAGUGAUGUGCAAAGUUCUUGUGGCCUCAGUAGUUAGAUUAUUUUCCCCGGUUUCACAUCUAAUUUAAUGCAGUGAGUUCUUGUGGAAACACCUUUUUACCAUCUUGUUGAAUUGUAAAUGUUCCCUUACAGCUUUGGAAUAAAUUCAUUUUGUAAUUUU